AUGGACCGUGCGUCAGCAAGUGCGCGGCAAAACCAAAGCAAGCAGUACAGAAUGUUAGCGCAAAAGGUGUGUUGCUUCAAAGGACCCAAAGAAGGCGAAGGCAUCUUCUUCGCCAAAGUUUCCUCGACCUUCGCGACCGCAGCCUGCCAGGGCCACUUCGGUGAUCCCAAUCGUCUAAAAAAUGCCCAAACGCUGAAUGCCACCGCCUACCGGCUUCGCCUCUUCAGCAAGUGCUUUGGCAAGCAAGGCAACCGUGGGGUGCGCAAAGAGCAUGUGGGUUGGAAUCCUGAGUUUCAGGUACAUGUGCCCCAGGCAUGUCCCCAUCACUACCAGAAUGUUGAAAUCCGCGUUCUGCUGUGUGCUACAGCACAUGGGAAGGCUGCCAGACUGCUGGUUGCAUCUUCUUGCUUUGAAGCCAAGGUUCUCCAGUGCUUUGGCAAUCCUGCGGAACGUAGCAUUACUUGCCGCUCAAACAAACACAAUCCAAGCUCCAGCCCGCCAGCCAAGAGAGUCAUCAAAGACCAACCUGCACGCCUCUGA